UAAAGUUUUGUCUCCACCCUCGCGGCGGGGGCAGUGGCUCUGGUUGCGGGCAUCUCCGCUUAGUGAGCGCUGGGGCUCGGGGAUGUGAGGGAGCGGUGGGUGCCACAGCUCGCCUUACGGUCAAGUCAGAAGAUACUUAAUAGUUCAGUGAGGAAUGGAGAAGGACACAGUGUAACUAGAAGUGAGAUGUUAUCUUGAAGCUACCCACAGGACUGUAGUAAAGCCAAGUAAUCCCACAACCAUGGAUCAGAUUGCAUCACUGUUGGCCUGCCAUAUAUAGUCAUUAAUGAUGGUGAACAAUUAAACAACUAAUAGAAGGAUAAAGGCAUCAAGAACAAAGUCAAAGAAAGACAGCUUGGUCAUGGUCACCAUUAACCAGCCUCGAAUGUGAAUGGUAUUUGAAUGCGACUUCAGUCUGCUGCUGCUAAAGUGGGACCAGCUUUCAUCAUAAGCUGUCCUCUGAAACCAGUGGAUUACAUUGAAAUGGAAAACAAAAAGGAGCCUCCUUCCUUUAAUGAGGACAAUUCUCGGCCUAUAAGCUAUAAAUUCCCUUUUUACGAGACAAUGGAGCUUUUCAUUGAAACACUCACGGGGACUUGUUUUGAACUCAGAGUGUCAUCUUUUGAGACUGUGAUUUCUGUGAAGGCCAAAAUUCAAAGACUAGAAGGUAUUCCCAUUGCACAGCAACAUCUCAUCUGGAACAACUUGGAACUUGAAGAUGAAUACUGUUUACAGGACUAUAAUAUAUCAGAAGGUUGUACUCUUAAAUUGGUGCUUGCCAUGAGAGGGGGACCUAUUAAUACCAGAAGGGUUCCAGUGGAAGAUCCGACAAGAGAUAUGGCUGAGUACAUGGAGACCAGUCGAGAUGACAUCUGGGAUAAGAUUCCUUCUAACAAGCAAGUGACCUUUCUAGUAUAUCGUGAAGGGGACCAGUUAAAUUUCUUUCGAGUUGUAGAUCGUGGGGAUGGCACUUUAACACCACUCUCCGAAUCCCUGAGUGGAGGCUCAAUGUUCAACUUUUACGCUGACGAUGAAGAUGAAUCUGAGGAGUCUCCAUCUGGACAGCAGAUAUUAGAAAAUUCAAUCACUAUGAACAAAAUGAAACUUCUGAAGGCAAAGAUGGAAAAUAUGAACCUCAGUAAGAAGCCCAAGAAAAUUGCCAAGGUGAAGCCAAGGCCCCCCACGGCACCCAGACCAACGAGUAGUUCAAUUACUGCAGCUCGUCAUCGCCUUUUCCGUGUUCUCCCUCACAACACGCUGCCCCUCAAUCAUACACUGUAUCUACCUCCUGUUGAUCAGCAUCCAGCUUUUUCCUACCAAAAUGUGUUGAGUCCCAAUUUUGCUUCUGGUAUCAGCUUGGCUCCAUCAUCUUCCAGCGGUUUCCUGUUGAAGGACGAUGAAAUUGCCGACCUGACUCCUUUGCUUCAGAGUGCUAUUCCAUCACCAGGCAGAAUUCUGCAGGAAGAAUUGAAAACCCCGCGGCAGCAAAUGCUUCCUUCACUUGCUCCUCAGGACUAUAGGGAUGCUCCAACAAUUUGUACAGAUUUUGUAACGGACUGUACAGCAGGUGGCUCAGGACUAAAAUCCACAGAUAAUGAAGUGACUCUUUCAGAAGAAAGAAGAGUACCUGACGAUUCUGCAAACGACCUUGCCUUGUCCAUAGAUGCUGAUCGUGCAGAAGAGGCCAAGUUACUGAAUGAAAUUGAACUUAAAACCUCCCUCAGUGAACAGGCCAAGGAAGAGUCUAAGGCUCCAGAAAAUGAUGUUAUGGAACCAAAUAUUAUUCGACCCAUUUUUCCAAAUCCACUAGGAUGUGUUCCAAUGGAAUCUGGGAAAUCAAGUUUUGCUGAGUUACUUCCAAAAGAUAAAGUAAUGCCACCCACCAGAUAUCCUGCAGCAGUCACUCAUAAUUCCUUAAUUACUCUUGCAUCUCAAAGACCCCAGAAGACUUUUGACAUAAAUAACGUAACAUCUCCUGUUUCACAACAGCUGCUACACUUGUUUCGGGAUGGUGAUAGUUUCCCUAGUGUUUCCCUGUCAAGGGGAAGCAGGUUUCGAGGAUUUAAACUAGAUUCUCCUGGAAAGAAAACUGAUAACAUUUCUCAAACUGAGAUGACUGAGAUGGUAAACAAAGCAAUGAUGGAGCCUUUGGACUCUACAAAAAAUCUUGGCACAUUUGCUUCGCUGGCUCGAAGCACGUCCAGAGAGAGUGUGCAGAGUAAUUGUGGGGCAGGCAGACAGUGGCUGUCUGGUAUUGCACUACCGGCUAGCAUUCAGAAUUUUCAGGAAGAGAUCUUUGGAGGCAUUGCAUCACCAGAUCGUUCUUCAAAUGCAUUUGCUUCUCCCCUUGGACUUUGUGCAACUGGCAGACCAACAACAAUGGGAAGGAGAAUAGGUACAUCAGACACCCCUGCACAUCAUUUUCCACCAGUAAAGGCUCCAACCCAGACAAAAAAGAAAACUACGAAGCACUGCUUUCUUUGUGGGAAGAAAACUGGAUUGGCGACCAGCUACGAGUGCAGGUGUGGAAACAAUUUUUGCGCAACUCAUCGCUAUGCCGAGACUCAUGAAUGUACAUAUGACUACAAGACUGUGGGAAGAAAAUAUUUGCAAGAGACCAACCCUGUCAUUAGUGCACCAAAGCUUCCAAAAAUCUGAUCCACGUAGUUUUGUGCAACCUGUCAGACUGUGCUGAAAGAACUAAAUAUUUAACCAUUUUGCGUAAUUUUGACAUUGGUCUUGGAAAGACAAAAUUGCCAAUCAGAAGCACAUAAUUGAUGCUUGGUAUUUAUGUAUUAUGUAAACACUAUUGUGGGUUUUUAGUUUGCAUAAUUCUUUUAGUAAAUUGUCAGUGUGGAAAAAGAAAUGAAAUUUCCCGAAGAUUUGCGCUGUGGGUUUGGUUUCGAAUGAAUGCAGAUGUUUUUGUUAAUUUUGUAUUUGGUGCAGAUAAUGCUUCACUAGCAAAUCUUGCAAGAAUGCACUUUAUUAAAAUCCUGUCACUACUGUUUGACUGAAAUAAAUCCCAAGGGAGGACUUUUUUUUGAAAAAGAUGGCAUGUGCAUUAGAUCUUUGUAAUAUAACAUUUUAAGUACGUGUCUAUUUUAACAUUGCAAGUUCUUGUUAAAGGUAUAUUUAUUUCAUGCUGAAAAAUUUGCGCCUCUGCUGCUUCUACAGAUGUUGACACCAUUGAUAGCUGGAUUCAGUGACAACUGUACUUGGCUCCCAUACUGGGUUGGUUGUGCAAUAUCUCUUCAGUUGUUUAAAAAAAAAUUCAAGUUUUAUGCACUGUAUAAAGAUUAUUGAUCACCUUACUGGAAACAUGUUCUGAGGUAAUUUUAAAAUUUGUUGUUCUGUCUUUAUGACUGGUCCUCAGAAAUUAUUCUCUGCCUAACUCUGCUUCUGUUACAUAUCUCACGUUUUGGCAAAGUGAAUCUUUUUUGUAAUCUCAGUUUUUUAAAUACAAGACUACACAUUUGUUUUUUUUUGCAAAUAAAAGUUAUUGCUGUUAACAAGAUUUGAAUAAAAAUUGAAUAAUUUGCACCUAUGAUUUUUCUAAUGUGCAGACAGCAUCUAGCCAAUAUUAAACUAAUUUAUAUUGAAACAAUGGUAUUUUGCAUUUGUACUGUAAUAGUAUCUUGUACUCUAUUUAAUUGCUUGAUCAGUCCACCCUAUUUAUAAUUGAACUCUGCAGGCGGGAGGUAAUCACCAGAGGUUUGUAGUUUUUGCCCUCCUGUAAUGAAAUCCGUAACUGGUUCAAGAAGGAGGCGGUUAAUGUGUGACCUAUUAUUCUUUAAAUUUGGCCUUUAGAUCUUGGUGUCAUUUAAAAUUGCUGUGAUAACAAUAUUAUUUCAACACGUGUACAAUUUUGUAAGUUGUAUUUGUAGUGCCUUUUUAUCAAUUUUAAUGUUAUCCUGAGCAUUAUAUUCAUAGCGUGAAAUAAUAUUUGCAUUAAACAGGGAUGUUUUGUGUUUAA